AUGUCUUACAAUAAGCGUGCAACCGCAAUAUUCCCUUCUUCCGUUACAGGUACCUUAUCAUCCCGCCCUGGAAGUCAAUCCUCAAGUUUGGCUGCCCUGGUAGCUGCAAAACGGGCGGAGUUAGAGGAUAUCCAACAGCUACGUGAUACCAGCAAUGCCCUUACAAAACAGUUAGAGGCGUUGGAAGCAAAACUUGCAACAUUGCAAAAUGGAGCCGAAGGUGGCCUUCCUCAAGCCAAAAACCAAGAGAGUUCGCCAGAUGUUAAUCAAGAAGAGGGUACCAAGAAAGAUGAUAACGUCGCAGACUCCCUUCCAGUUCCCCUUGUACGGAUAUUACUGGAACAGCAGGCCCCAGGGACUAAGCGAUAG